CACUCAGAUAAAGUCACUGCUAGCUUACUGUAGAGGGCCAGGCUCUUAAUCUUGCCUAGCCAGUAUGCAGGGAGCAUUUGGGGUACAAUUGACAAUUAGAGAUUGUGAAUAUCGCCGUGACUCAGAUAUCUGGUGGCAAGCGGCUGUGUGGAGCGUCUCUGCUGCCUCAGGUUACUUGUGAAAAGGUGCCCGUGUUACCACACCAAAGGCUGCAGCUUCUACAGCCAACAGAUCUCAUUGCAACUGCACAGAAAACUUGGAAGCUGGAAGGUUGGAUAUCCAAAGGUGUGAAUUCUUUCCAGAAGGAAUGUUGUCAUCGAACUCUAUAUAAGAAGGAAGAAGAAUAACUUUAAACAGAAAGUGAGCAACAUGUCACACAAAGGAUCCUACGAGCUCCAGAAGGACCCUUCCUCACCCAGAGGCAUUGAGGGUCACUUCAGUGAUGAAGAGGAAGAUGACUUGGACAGAACUCUGGAAGUGGCGAGUUAUGAGGACGUAAACUUUGAAACCGAAGAGUCUAAAUUGAAUGAUGAUGAUGAUCUUAAUUACCUUCGUGACCUAAUUGCCUGCAGCCCCCAAGUACCUUCCACUGAUAGUCAGGAAGAGAAGACAGAACCUGGGGACCAGCUAUCCCCUGAUGAGCCAAGUCCAAAGCCUCAUCAGAAGUUCACUCCCAAGCAACGUACUGAUGAUUCUGGCAAAGACAAAACACUUCUCCAAAAGGAUCCCAAAGCGAGUCAUCCUCCUCAGUCUGAGAAACAUGCCAAAGAAUUUGGAGAAGAUGCCUUUAGCAAGGUAUUUGUUGAAAUGAAUGAACUAAUGAAGGAUGGAGACCAAUAUUACUGGAAGGAAAGAGGGCGAUGGAUCAAGUAUGAGGAGAAUUUGGAUCUGGACACAAACCGUUGGAGUCAACCACAUGUCCCUUGUCUCAGCUUCAGGAGUCUCCUGGAAGUACAAAUGGUGAUCAAAAAUGGUGCUGUCUUACUGGGCCUGAAGGAAAUCACAAUUCAUGGGAUUAGUCUUCAAAUAAUAGAAGGGAUGCUAGCCAAAGAUCAGAUAAGGGCCAACAUGAAAACAACUCUGUUGAAUACCUUGCUCUCAAAACACAGGCACCAAUAUGAUGAAGCCAUUCAAUACAAGCAGAGGACUCAAGACAUUGAAACACAAGGCAAAGAGGAACAUCAUAAGAGGCAUCACUCGGAAAUAAUGGACAAAAUUCCAGAAAACACAGAAGGAACCUUAGUUCUUGUUGGUUGUUUGGAAUCACUGACUUGCCCAGCAAUGGCCUUUGUGCGUUUGGAGGAGGCCGUUUGUUUGGAGUCAGUCCUGGAGGUUUCCAUCCCUACCCGAUUCAUCGUAGUAUUCCUGGCACCCAAAACUUCCAACAUGGACUAUCAUGAAAUUGGGCGGUCAUUUUCAACUUUAAUGUCAGACAAGAUUUUCCGCCAAGUUGCAUACGAAGCAAAGGAUCCCUGUGAUCUGCUGGAUGGUAUCCGAGAGGUUCUGGACUACAGCAUUGUCAUUUCACCAACAGAAAUCCAGGAUGCAGAACAACUAAAAUAUGUGACACCUUUCCAGCGGGAAAUGCUUUUGAAGAGGAAGAAACUGAAGGAUGACAAGUUGAUGAAAACAGCUCAGCAAUCACAGACAGUUCCUAUCAGACCAGCACCACCUGUUGAUGAUGAUCCUCUCAAGAGAACCAGGAAGCCAUUUGGAGGUUUGUUCCGAGAUAUCAAACGUCGCUAUCCCAAAUAUCUGAGCGACAUCAAGGAUGCCCUGAAUCCUCAAUGUUUGGCUGCAAUUAUCUUCAUUUAUUUUGCUGCCUUGACUCCUGCCAUCACCUUUGGAGGUCUCCUUGAGGAGAAGACGAGGGGUAACAUGGGUGUUUCAGAGCUGAUUGUUUCCACAGCAAUUCAAGGAGUCAUCUUCUCUCUAAUAGGUGCUCAGCCUCUGCUUAUUUUGGGUUUCUCUGGUCCACUUUUAGUGUUUGAGGAAGCCUAUUUUAAAUUCUGUGAAAAUAUUGGUGUCAAUUACUUGGCCGGUCGUAUAUGGGUUGGAUUAUGGAUGAUUAUUAUCGUCCUUCUUCUCGUUGCCUUUGAAGGCAGCUUCCUGGUUCGAUUCAUUUCUCGAUUUACGCAGGAAAUAUUUUCCAUCUUAAUCUCCCUCAUUUUCAUCUACGAAACCUUUAACAAGCUAUUUCAGAUUUUUAAAAGCCACCCUUUGAUGGAGCAUUACAACACAAGUGUGCCUGAUGCAAAUAACAAGUAUGAAAAACAUCCUCAACCUAAUACAGCUCUUCUGUCCCUUGUGCUAAUGUUUGGAACCUUCACUAUUGCCAUUUUUCUAAGACAGUUGAAAACCAGUCAAUUUUUCCCAGGAGCUAUCCGACGUGUGAUUGGUGAUUUUGGAGUCCCCAUUGCCAUCCUUACCAUGGUGCUAGUAGAUUUCUUCAUUAAGGACACCUACACACAGAAACUCAAUGUUCCUGAUGGUCUUCAGGUGACAAACUACAAUAACAGAACUUGGUUUAUCCACCCUCUAAAUGAUAUACCUUUAUGGGUAAUACCUGCCUCAGCUAUUCCAGCCAUGCUGAUUUUUAUUCUUAUCUUCAUGGAAUCUCAGAUAACAACCCUCAUUGUUAGUAAGCCAGAUCGGAAAAUGGUGAAAGGUUCUGGAUUCCACUUGGACUUACUGCUGAUUGUGCUAAUGGGAGGGAUCAGUUCCCUUUUUGGAGUGCCUUGGCUCAGUGCAACAACUGUGAGGACCGUCACUCACUGCAAUGCCCUUACUGUGAUGAGCAAAUCUGUUCCACCAGGCCACAAGCCCCAGAUUCAAGAAGUUAAGGAGCAGAGAAUAACUGGAUUUGCUGUUGCCAUUCUAAUCGGCCUGUCUAUUUUGAUUGGAAAUAUUUUGCGGAAUAUCCCACUUGCUGCGCUAUUUGGAAUCUUUUUGUACAUGGGAGUGACAUCUUUAAGUGGAAUCCAGUUGUUUGAUCGUUUACUACUGCUGUUCAUCCCACCUAAGUAUCACCCAGACAUUGCCUACACACGUAAAGUCCGUACCAGGCGUAUGCACAUCUUUACUUUGAUUCAGUUAAUCUGCAUUGCCAUUCUGUGGGCAAUCAAUAAAUCCAGAUUUUCAUUGGCUUUCCCUUUCAUUCUCAUUCUUACCGUCCCCCUCAGAAUGUUUGCGCUUACCAGGAUCUUCUCAGCAUUAGAGAUGAAAUGUCUGGAUGGAGAUGAAGUGGAACCUAUAUUUGAUGAGAAAACAGGCAAAGAUGUUUACGAUGAGAUACCAAUGCCAUCUUAAAGGAAUCCAGACUCAUUGCGGACGUAACUGUUAGCAAAACGUAGUUUAAGAAACAACAGAAGCAUUCAAUGUUGUCUUACAUAUUUUUCCUUGUGAAUUAAUGAAAAUAUGCACAAUAGCCAAAAGGGGGAGUGAGUUUCAAAGUUGUACAGUUGUCAAAACACAAUAUUAUCCCAGUCCUUGGGGCUAAAUGAAGUCAUACUGUUGUCAUGGUAACUUGAUAUGAAUGGACAUCCUUACUUUUAAAACGAGAAACAGAAUAGACUAGAUGACAAAAGUACAACUUUUAGCCCUUUACCCAAAAUUCCUGAAGUUUUACAUGAAUACCAGAGAAAUAUGAAACACAUAUUGCUUGUUUCAUGUGUCACAUGUGAAACGUUGUUCACUGUUCUGGUCCCAAUUCUAUAAUAAUAUUACUGCAGCUUCAAAUAACAAUGCUAAAUGCUUUUGCUGUUAUACUUCUAACCCUUUUAUCUCAAAUUUAUUAAAUUACAUUCCAACACACAAAUGUAAUUCCUGAAAAUUAUAAUUAUUUUUUUAACUUGAGCUUAUAUGGGGUUUCCUAGGCCCCAAUACUUGUAGGGAGGGAUUUGAUGGUGUGGUGUGUAUUUCUGGUAGGGCAGGGUUGGAGGAGUAAGCUAGAAAGUCAGGAGAUGGGGGUUCUGUUUAAUUAAAUAACAAGUUUUUUUAAAAUAUAUUUUGCUAUUUUUUACCUGUCAAACAGCCACAUUGACAGCAGGAAUGCUCUCUACAGAGGCCAUAACAGGGGACUACAUUCACUACGUUCAGCAAACAGAAAAACGUAUUUUGGCUAGGUGUGCUGGGAGGAUGGGGUUAGGGAGGGAAUAAAUUAGUGUUGAGCUGCCCAUUGUGAGGGAGUUUGGAAAAGGGGAGGUGUAGGGAUCAGGAAAUCUCAAAAGUUGGUGGUGGGGGGAGUCAGGGAGAACGCCAAACCAGGUAUCAGCUGAGCGUAGGAUAAACAAGAAUUAUUGUAGGUUGGUGUGUGGGGAAGAGGGUCAGUCAGAAUUGGGUUAACAAUUGGGAGAGAAAAGUAAACAGCAACUACCGAACAUUGUUGGGGAGUUGUGAAGUCCGACUGUUAAUAUGGAGUAAGAACAGUAAACAAUGCAAGUUUGGGUUAUUAGGGUUGCGGGGGGUGAUCAUAACGGAAGAUUGAAGGGAGGGAGGACAAAGUUCUCUUAUACCUCGUGGUCAACAAAUAGCUUAUAAAGAGAACAUAACAGUGGAAUUAUGCUCUAUCCUUAACAAACCUGGUUAAGGAUUUGUCUCUUCAGAGCAGGUUUCUGGAUGUUCCCAAAUUUCCACUGAAAUUGAACGAAUAUGUUCUUGAAGUUGAGAAAUUGGUUUCCAAGCUUAGCCAAUCCUCCCCUGCCCAUGAAUUGGAACAGAUCAAAAUCCACAUCACCCUCACCCCAACUUCAUCAAUAUGCAUGAUUCUGAGUGAUUAGCAACAAUUUAGUUACUGAAAUUCUUUUGAGGAAUCUAUUCUUCAGGCUUCUUAAAAUAAAUAUGCUGAUCAAUGAUUUAUAUAAGUGGCUGAAUUCAAAGGAAUGUAGUUCCUGGUUCUUUCAAGUAUUUUAACCUUGAAGUGCUAUAUUUUAGUAACAAUAAUUACUAGUUAAGGUGCCAGAAUCCUUUGUGUGUGUUUUAUUUUUGCAGUACUAACAGCGCUCAGUUUUGC